AUGUCAAAGCUGGACAAACGCAGUGAGGUCGCCCGUACUUAUUCCCUGCAAUCAAACAGAUCUUUCAGUUCUAAUUCAUCUCCAUCAGUAUCCCGUAUCAAUUCGGCAGGUCCCCUAAAUAUGGCCAACUUCAAUAAACAAAGCUCACCAAAAGAUCAUUUAUACUACAAAAGUGAAGCAUUGAAGUAUCGGUUACAGAGGAUUGAUGGUAUGGCGCCAUUUUUGGAUGUAGCUUUUGCCAAAGCGGAAAAACUAUGUGAACAACAAUCGUUAUCUUUGGCUCAAGAAAAGAACACAGAGUCAAUGAGUAGAUUGUCUAUGUCCUCCGUUAGCUCACACGACAGUGGAACAUUGACUACAAACAAUACAAAUAGAACUAGUGGCUCACAAGGUAGCAGUAGUAGUGUCACCGACAGUCUUUUAACUUUUACUGCUGGGGUACUACCACUCAAUAUAAGUGUUGAUUCUGCAACUCAAUUGUGGCAAUUGUUUCAACAAGGAGCUCCAUUAUGUCUCAUGUACAAUCAAAUCUCCCCCGAUCAUAAACUUGCAGUGGUGAGUUCUGAUGAUCAACGAGUUUGCAAAAAAUCAGUCUACGAGUUUAUCAUUGCCAUGAAGAUGAAUUUGAAAUUUGAAGAUGAUGACCUAUUUACCAUAUCGAAUGUGUUUUCUGACAACACCCAAGACUUGCUAAAGAUUAUCAGUGUGGUUAAUAAGCUUCUUGAUUCGUUUGAGGAGGAGCUAAGUAUCAGUGUUGACGUGCAAAUCACCAAUGAACGAUCAAAAGUGUUUCGUGAAAUUAUAGAAACGGAAAGGAAGUAUGUUCUGGACUUGGAGUUGAUGGUGAGGUAUAGAAACCAGCUAGCUGAAGCGGAAUUACUUUCAUCGGAACAGAUUCACACAUUGUUUCCCAACUUGAACGAAAUUGUCGAUUUUCAAAGGAGGUUCUUGAAUGGACUUGAAUGCAAUAUAAAUGUGCCAGAAAGAUACCAAAGAAUAGGCUCGGUAUUUAUUCAUGCAAGCUUGGGCCCAUUUAAGACGUACGAACCUUGGACGGUUGGACAACUAACUGCGAUAGAGUUGAUCAAUAAAGAGGCGGCAAAUUUGAGAAAAUCGUCCAAUUUGCUAGAUCCUGGAUUUGAACUACAAUCAUAUAUCCUCAAACCAAUCCAAAGACUAUGUAAAUACCCAUUGCUUUUGAAAGAGUUGAUAAAAGCAUCACAAGAAACAUUCAACUCCACAGAGGAUCUACUGGAUGCUGCAUUUGCUUCGCAUAAUGAGCUUCUAGCCGCACAAGAGGCAAUGAAGGAGGUUGCCAAUCGAGUUAAUGAGGCGCAAAGAAGAGCUGAAAAUGUGGAAUAUCUACGCAAAUUGGUGGAAAGAGUCAAGAACUGGCGGGGAUUCAAUUUGAAAGAUCAAGGAGAGUUGUUGUAUCAUGGAAUUGUUGGCGUACGAGAUGCUGAUACUGAAAAAGAAUAUGUAGCAUACUUGUUUGAAAAGAUUAUCUUUUUCUUCAUUGAGCAGGACAAGGAUAAGGAGAAACAUGAAAAGAAGUUUAAGUUGGGGUUGAGGAAAGCAUCUGGUGCUGGGUUGAGCUCGUCUACGGCUAAUUUACUCGAAUCGAUCAACAGUGGAACCAACGAUUCAAGUCCAUUGGAGUUGAAAGGUAGGGUGUAUAUCCUGGAGAUAUACAACAUCAGCGCCUCAUCAAACCAUGGAUAUACCUUGGUUAUUUCCUGGUCUGGGAAAAAGGAAAGUGGAUCAUUCAAGUUGCGAUAUCGAACUGAAGAAACUAGGAACCAGUGGGAACAAUGUCUACGCAAUUUGAAGACCAAUGAAAUGAAUUACCAUCUUAGCAAGAAGCUACGAGAUUCGCAAUCGUCAGUCAAUACCAACGAUUCAUCAAUUUACGACUACAAUGGAUCAAAUAACACGAGUGCCGAUUCACCGCAACAGUUUUACUCAGGACAACAACGUCAUUACUCCUCUUCGUCAACAUACAGCAUGAUGCAGCCAAAUUCUCGUGUCAAGUCUGGUGAAUUGUCGCGCAUCUCAUCUACCGGAUCAAAUUCAAACGCCCACACUUCAGCAUCAACAACACCUUCAUCCACAUCGGCGCCCAACUUGCCCCUUUUCGACAUCAAAGUGAAACUAAUCUACAAUAAAUUAGAACUCCCCCAGCCACUAAUUGUUUCCAAUCAAACUCGAUUCAAUGAAUUAUAUCAAAAGAUAUCGGCGAUAAUAGCCACUAGCGAAUUAAUCUCGAAGGAUACUUUGGUGAGUAAAUUACGGUACAAGGAUGAAGAUGGCGAUUUUGUUGUUAUGGAUUCCAAUGAUGAUUGGAAUUUGGCAAUUGAUGAUUUGGGUCAGGGCCGCAGUUUAACAAUAUGGGUAUCGUAG